AUGCCCAACCCACCACCUCCUCCGCUCAUCUACACUGUCCUCCGCGGCGGACGAUACCACCCUCCGCCUCCGCCUCACGCUCCCUUUCCUCCUCUCUCUAACACUGUCGGCCAUGCUGGCAUCAAUGGCGACCAACCCACCUAUUCCAGAACCAAAAGCAUGCUCAGCCACGCUCUGUCCACCGGCAAAUCCGUCAUCGAAAUCGAAGCCAACCAAGUCGUCUUCUUGCCCUGGGCCUCGCUCAGCGCCGACCGUCUCAUCGGGGGCAGCAACUUAUUCGGCGAAACUCUCUUCAUCAUCACGGGUGUCGAGGGCGCCAUCGUUGCAAUCUUGCCUUCGCCCGUGGACCACGACUUGGCAUUCGCGAACCCGGCGUGCUCCUCGGCGCGGAUCCGCGAGAUGACCGAUCAAGUUAUUCAGCUUUUCUAUCAGCACUUUGACAUCGGGUACGAGAACAUUGAAGAGGAUCGCAAAGUCACUACGGUGGCGGUAGUCGUUCCGAAAAUGUAUGAUUCGUUGUGGGCCCCGGGACAGAUGUAUUUCCUUGACAGGCUGAUUUCGAUGAUCGGUCUGAGGCCGAUGAUUUGGGGGUAUGAUUUGGAGAAUCCGAAUCGAGGUACUUCACGUCGGCGGAAUGGGCACGGUGAUGGAGACGACGAAGAGUACGGAUAUGGUAAUCCGGGAAGGUUCACGUUUUUGAUACGUGGAAAUGCGCCGGAGAAUGGAGUCAAGAGCGAGAUCUACGUGGAGGACUACCUGGUGGAGCCGAUUCCGGGGGUGACUGUCGGACUGUAUCUCGAGUUGCCGCUGACUGGGUAG